CACUCCUCCCUGCUUUCUCCUCUGUAUCUCCUUCAAAACUUAGAAGAAAGAAGAAAAAACAAGAAAAGAAGAAGAAAACCAUGGUGGUCUUAGUAGCAAAGCCAACAAUAGAACAACACCAAAUCCCUCUGAUAAAGUCCCCAAAACAGAGCACCUUCUUGUCCAUCAUCCCCAUCAUUGACCUCUCUGAUCCAGUUUCAGCUUCCACUUCCAUGGUCAAAGCCUGUUCAGAGUAUGGGUUCUUCAAAGUGACAAGCCAUGGCAUCCCCAUGGAACUCAUCAACAAGCUUGAAGCAGAGGCUGUGAAGUUCUUCUCACUACCACAGAUUGAAAAGGAAAGACUUGGACAACCAAAUCCCUUUGGUUAUGGUAACAAGAAGAUUGGUGCUAAUGGUGAUUUUGGCUGGCUUGAAUACCUCCUCUUGGACAUCACUUCCAAAUCCAAGAACAAGUCUUUUAUCUCUUCCUUCCUUUCUGAACCUUCUGCAACCUCAUUUUGUGCUGCUUUGAAUGAAUACAUAGCUGCAAUGAGGAGGUUGGCAAGGCAAGUGCUGGAGUUGCUUGCAGAUGGGUUGGGGGUUAAGCAAAGAGAUAUUUUCAGUAAACUAGUAAUGAAUGAGGAGAGUGAUUCAGUGUUCAGGGUGAAUCACUACCCACCCUAUCCCUUGCUGCAGGGUUUCAAUUGUAGUCUAACUGGUUUUGGAGAGCACACAGACCCUCAGGUUAUAUCAGUCCUGAGAUCAAACAACACUGCUGGUUUGCAGAUUGCAUUAAGAGACGGUAGCUGGGUUUCAGUCCCUCCUGACCAAGAGUCUUUCUUCAUCAAUGUAGGGGAUUCCUUGCAGGUUCUGACAAAUGGGAGAUUCAGGAGUGUGAAACAUAGGGUUUUAGCGAACGGGAUGAGAUCGAGACUGUCAAUGAUAUACUUUGGAGGACCAGCUCCAAAGCAGAGGUUGGCACCACUGCAACAAUUGAUGGAGGAAGGGGAGCAGAGUCUGUACAAGGAGUUCACAUGGUUUGAGUACAAGGCCUCUGCUUACAAAUCAAGGCUGGCUGAUAACAGGCUUGCUCAAUUUGAGAAACAGAAGCAGCUUAUGAGUGAUGGAAAAACGCUCAUCAAUCAUCAAUGAUCAAUUUAUCAAUAACUAGCUUCUCUCUCUCUCUCUCUCUCUCUCUCUCUCUCUCUCUCGUUUGCUUACUUUUGCCUUGGUGUUAUUAGCUUUCUUUCUUUCCUAUUUUGGGUUGUGGGGCUGGUCAAAAGGGCACACAAGCUGUUUAAUUAUGUGAGUGUGACCACCUGUUCAUCUCGUUUAAGUCUUAACAUUAGAGAUGGGAUACAAAAAGGUUUCAACUUUCAACUAUCUUUUGUUUAAUUAUUAA